AAGAAAUUUGCCACUUUCAGAUGUGACAAUACAGGAUAAGGUCCAUUAGGUGGAAAACUCACAGGAAGUGUUUACUCGUUGUGCAAAAUGCUAGCAAAACUGCACAUAUGUUAAUAGCUGAGGAAACUGAUACAAUGAUGGAAAUUGGUCUUCUCAACAGACUAUCCUGGUUCAGACCUGGUAUCCCAUCACCGUCGCGACAAACUCAAGAGAACAGAAGAAGAUUCUGGCCAAAUAUCUCAUGGAAACGUCAGGAAGCCUGGAAGGACUGGAAUAUAAACUGCAUGACUUCGGCUACAGAGGGGUUUCAUCGCAAGAGACGGCUGGUAUCGGCGCAUCUGCACACUUGGUAAACUUCAAAGGAACAGACACCGUGGCCGGGAUCGGUGUAAUCAAGAAGUACUACGGCACCAAAGACCCGGUUCCUGGUUUCUCAGUACCAGCUGCAGAACACAGGUGGAACAACUUGGAGCUAAGAGCUUGAUGAUAGUAAAUCGCAUAGCUUGAAGGAAUAGAUCACUCAAAAGCAAUGUGAACUUGCCUGGAGGGUUUCCUUUUACUGUGUCAUAAGAUGAUGUGGCCCAAUGCAUUC